AUGCCCGCUGCUCUAACCGAGGAGGAUGUCAUCGCGCUCUGUGCCCAGAGCGGGCCCAAGACCAAUCGCUGCGUGUACCCCGUCGUCAAUCCGGCCUACUUCAUCAAGUACGGCGGCAGUCACACCAUGGGCGAAGCGCUGACGCAGAAGUACGUCUAUCGCCGGACGACGGACGUCCCUAGAGCGCCGCGCAUGCCCAAGGUCUAUCGCGCAUUUGAACGUGGUCCACGGACUUACAUCGUCAUGGAGUUCAUCAACGCUCCAACUGUAGAUGAGUACCUAGCUGAAUAUCCCUCUGAAGCGGAAUAUGUCUACCCUAGCAUUGCCUCAGCACUUUCCUGGCUCCUCGACCUUCCUCUUCCCCAAUAUGCGGGCCUCGGUCCUGUCGGAGGUGGUCUCGCUGUGCAUAAAUUCUUCGGCGCCGACGAUGACCUGGCCCCCUUGGAGUUCGCCGACGCCCUGAAGCGCACACCCGGCCGAGGUGAUAAAGCGAGCGUCGACUUCGAAUCCGAGGAGCGCUGCUUCUACCACUCGGACAUCAGAGAGCCGAAUUUCCUCUACAACCCUGAGACUGGGGAGCUCUCGCUCAUUGACUUCCAGCACGUUGGUAUCCUCACGACCUCGUUCGUGAGCUACGCGCUCCACGGUUCCAACGACACCUUUGUUCGUGACAUGGCAGCUCGGAUCACCUUCCCGAAAUUGGUGCAGCUUCCGGCCAUGGGCUGUGCUGCGAGCAUUCUUAUGCAGUUCGGUGGCUCUAACCUUGGUCUAAAUGAGCAAGGCCUCCCGAUGUCGAGGAGACAGGAUGUUCAAGACCCAGAGAAUGUCGACGUUUCCUAA